UGCUCGAUGCUUUUUACUGGCUGUGAGACAGUGAAACUCUUCAGACGCUCUCUGUUGUUCGGAGGUGAGAUGGCGCAGCAAAGAAACCAAGCAGACGAGCUGAAAUUCAGCUGUUCGAUCUGUCUGAAUCUACUGAAGGAUCCGGUGACUAUUCCCUGUGGACACAACUACUGCAUGAAGUGUAUUAAAGACACGUGGGGCAAAGAGGAUCAGGAGAAAACCCACAGCUGCCCUCAGUGCAGGAGGAGCUUCACACCGAGGCCUGAGCUGCUGAAAAACACCUUGUUGGCAGAGUUAGUGGAGGAGCUGAAGAAGACUGGACUCCAAGAUGCUCCUGCUGAUCUCUGCUAUGCUGGAGCUGAAGAUGUGGCCUGUGAUGUCUGCACCGGGAGGAAGCUGAGAGCUGCCAAGUCCUGUCUGCAGUGUUUGGCCUCUUACUGUGAGCAGCACCUGCAGCCUCACCUUCAAUCUCCGGCUUUUAAAAAGCACAAACUGGUUGAACCCUCUGUGAAGCUCCAGGAGAACAUCUGCUCCCGUCACGAUGAGGUGAUGAAGAUUUUCUGCCGCACUGAUCAGAAGUGUAUCUGCCUCGUCUGCUCAAUGGACGACCAUAAAGGCCACGACACAGUGUCGGCUGCCACAGAGAGGGCAGAGAAGCAGAAGCAGCUCGAUCAAAGUCGGCAGGACGUCCAGCAGAGAAUCCAGGACAGAGAGAAAGACGUGAAGCAGCUUCAGCAGGAGGUGGAGACGACCACUCGCUCUGCUGAUGAAGCAGUGGAGCACAGUGAGAAGAUCUUCACCCAGCUGAUCCGUCUGGUGGAGGCCAGACACUCUGAUGUGAAGCAGCGGAUCAGAUCCCAGCAGGAACUGGAUGUUAGUUUGGCCAAAGAGCGUCAGGAGAAACUGAACCAGGAGAUCACUGAGCUGAAGAAGAAAGACGCUGAGCUGGAGAAGCUCUCGCUCACAGAGGACCACACCCAGUUUCUUCUCAGCUACCCCUCACUGUCAACACUGACUAAGUCUACAAUCUCACCCAGACCAAACAUCGACCGCCUGCAGUUCUUUAAGGACAUGACAGCAGCUGUGACAGCAGCCAGAGAUCAACUGCAGCUGGUUCUUACAGAGAAAUUACCUUUAAGAACUGAGUUCUUACAAUAUUCACGUCAGAUCACACUGGAUCCAAACACAGCAGAGAGACGUCUGGUUUUAUCAGCGGAGAACAGAAAAGUAACAUAUAAUGAUAAAAAUCCACCAUAUCCUGAUCAUCCAGACAGAUUAAUUGACAGACCUCAGGUGUUGAGUAAAGAAGGACUGACUGGCCGUUGUUACUGGGAGGUGGAGACGAAGAAGAGGAGCGGGACUGUUUCUGUAUCAGUCGCUUACAAGUGUGUUAAUAAAUCAUUAUAUGUGUUUGGAUUCAAUAAGACGUUUUGGUCAUUAUAUUGUUACAGUAGUGGUUAUAACUUCUAUCAUGACAGUCAGUCUACCUCCAUCUCCGGCCCUGAAUCCUCCAGAAUAGGAGUGUACCUGGAUCACAGUGCAGGUAUUCUGUCCUUCUACAGCGUCUCAUCCGACACCAUGAGACUCCUCCACAAAGUCCAGACCACAUUCACUGAGCCGCUCCAUGCUGGAUUUUGGCUUUGUGGUCCUGAUGGAAACACAGCUGAAGUGUGUAAAGUGAAGCAGUGAUUAAAGAGGCAGAGGAGAGUUUAACAUCAGAGAAAUGUGUUGGAGCUUCUGUCUCUGUACAGGGAGAACUGAAGUGAUGUGAGCCCGGAUGGUUCUGCUGAUUGGACCUCUUGUGUGUGUUGUAUCAGAUGCAGAAUGUGUAUAUAUGUGUGAUGGUGAUGAGCUGCUGAGCUGCCACGUCCUUAUUGAAGCAGCAGUGAGUUCAGCUGACAGACGUUCAGCUGGAUGCCUCAGAUAUUAUAGAGUGUUGUGUUUUCCUCUGGAUGGAAUCUGAUCUGGGUCCAGUUUGAUUGAUGCGACGUCGUGUAUCAGUGUGUAACUGUCAUCAGUUUGUACAAUCUAAUAAAUGUGUGACGUGAUGCUGGAAUCAGACUGUGUGUUUGUUUCUGCUCUGCUCAAACUUUCAUUCUCUCAUCGAGCACUGACACAUUAUUAUGUGAAGGAAGACGUCAAAACCAUCAACUACUGAUGA